CACACAUUAAGUAUAUUGCUAUGUGAUAUUGACCAUUACUGAUGCCCUGUGAGACAUUUUCUACCAGAACAUUUCCUCUACUGAAAUUAAUGUCUCAUAAAGUGUGUGAUUGUGCGUUGAAGAUGAGUAACAUCUACGAGUCUGCAGAGGCCACACUAGGCUUCAUCAGCUCUCCAUGUCUGGCCAAAGUGGAGCUGAGAGUGGCCUGCCGGGGGAUCUCAGACCGAGACGCCCUCUCCAAACCUGACCCCUGCGUGGUGCUGAAAAUGCAGUCGCAUGGGCAGUGGUUUGAGGUUGACCGAACAGAGGUGAUUCGUAGCAGCAGCGGCCCCGUCUUCUCUAAGAUCUUCCUGGUGGAUUAUUACUUUGAGGAGGUGCAGAGGCUUCGCUUUGAACUGCACGACAUCAGCUCUGGAAACAACGGCCUCCGAGAUGCUGACUUCCUGGGAUCUAUGGAGUGCACCUUAGGACAAAUCGUCUCUCAGAGAAAACUGACCAAAGCUCUUCUCAAGCAGGGAAACACUUCAGGGAAGUCUUCCAUAACGGUGACAGCAGAGGAGUUGUCGGGUAACGACGAUUACGUUGAACUCUCCUUCAGUGCCCGUAAGCUCGAUGACAAGGAUUUCUUCAGCAAGUCUGAUCCUUUUCUGGAGAUUUUCAGAAUAAAUGAUGAUGGGACUGAGUCGCUUGUACACAGAACUGAGACGGUCAUGAACAACCUGAGCCCAGUUUGGAAAUCCUUUAAAGUUUCUUUGAAUACGCUCUGCAGUGGGGACCAGGACAGGGAGCUAAAGUGCACAGUUUGGGACUGGGACUCAAAUGGGAAACAUGACUUUAUUGGGGAGUUUCAGACCACUUUUAAGGAGGUGAGAGCGGAGCAGGAGGGCAAACAGUGGGAAUGCAUCAACCCCAAAUACCAGAUGAAGAAGAAGAAUUACAGAAACUCUGGUGUCGUCAUUCUCAACCAUUGUAAGAUAAUCAAAAUGUAUUCCUUCCUGGAUUACAUUAUGGGAGGCUGCCAAAUCCAGUUUACUGUGGCAAUAGACUUCACAGCGUCCAAUGGGGACCCCAGAAACAGCUGCUCCCUCCACUACAUCCACCCCUACCAGCCCAAUGAGUACCUGAAAGCACUGGUGGCUGUGGGGGAGAUAUGCCAAGACUAUGACAGUGAUAAAAUGUUCCCCGCGUUCGGUUUCGGAGCUCUCAUACCACCUGACUUCAAGGUUUCCCACGAUUUUGCCGUGAACUUUGAUGAGGACAAUCCUGAAUGUGCUGGGAUCCAAGGCGUGGUGGAGGCCUACCAGAACUGCCUCCCCAAGAUUCAGCUGUACGGGCCCACCAACAUCGCCCCCAUCAUCCAGAAAGUGGCCUCCUCUGCCUCCGAGGAGAUGCACACCAAAGAGGCCAUGGAAUACUUCAUCCUCCUGAUCCUGACAGACGGCGUCAUCACCGACAUGGCGGACACGCGGGAGGCCAUUGUGCAUGCCUCCCACCUGCCCAUGUCCGUUAUCAUCGUGGGCGUGGGCAACGCAGACUUCACAGACAUGCAGAUACUGGACGGGGACGACGGGAUCCUGCGUUCACCCAAGGGCGAGCCUGUCCUCCGUGACAUCGUCCAGUUCGUCCCUUUCAAGGAUUUCAAGCAUGCAUCGCCAGCUGCACUGGCUAAGAGUGUUCUGGCAGAAGUCCCCAACCAGGUGGUGGAUUACUACAACGCUAAAGGCAUCACACCCAAGUGUAUGUCAGACUACGAGUCCACAAGGACCUUCAGCCCCUGACAAUGGAAAAUCAUACAAACACACUUAUAUAUAUAUAUCAUAUAUAUAUUCUUAAUGUACUGUAUAAUACAUAUACACAUGCAAAAGCACAAGCACAGACACAUACAAGUACACAUACAUACAGUAGUCUAGCUCAGAUUUUUAGCUCGUUCUGGUGAAACAAUUUGAACUACUACAUUGAUGAGUAUUGCAUGUUCAGCCACAAAGGCAUCACCUGGGAAAUUAUUACUAUCUUCUGUAUAUCUGACAAAUGUUUAUAGAAAUAAAAGCAGUCUUCUGAACCAGCAUGCGGACUGAGACCACUAUAGCCCACCCAAAGAAAUGACACUCCUACCUUAUUUAGAUAACUAGCAAGUAAAGAUCUGUGGGUAAGAAAAGCCAAAAAUAUGUGAUCGCACAGCUGUAAAGAUCUUAGAAUUAGCAUUGCAAAUGUUAUUUAUGGGAAUGGUAUCGCCUCUGUUAGUAUACUGCAUAAAUGCAUGAAUAAUUCAGCUCCUGCUAAUGUCCAAUCUCCGGUAGCUGCUUGCUAGUUAUAGAAUAAAGUAUCUCUGUCAUUUGAGUGACAUUCAGGGUUGUUUUGGGGGUUGUUUUGGGGUUUUUUUCUACAGACUUAUUUGAGAUUUUGCUAAAUGGAAAUGAACAACAGACAAAUUGUAAUAAUUUCUUAAUAACCUUCUUACAUUGUAAAGAGUUUUGGGAGGAUAGAAAAUGUGUGUGUGGUAGACACUCAUCUGUGGGCUGAAAACUGUUUUUUCUGUAUUCUGCAUGUUGAUUAUAAUAAAGACAAUUUGGUUAUAUCAC